GUUAAAAGGCUGGGUCCAGACGGGGACUCUGCGGCUCUCCCUCUCCGCAUAAGUUCACCGCCCCCCCCCCUCUCGACACUCGUUUUCUCCGCCCUCACCUUGCCAAAUACUUCGUUAAUUAAAUGCAGUAAAUCCAGGUCCACCGUAAUGAUUGUCGGUACAAACCUUAUCGCGUAAUAUCAGAGGAGAGCGGAAAGGAGGAAUGUGCGGAAGGCUGGAGGGUUACGUGAGGGCUGACUUGCAGUUUAAGACAUUCGCGGGGAAGAAAUGGCUUUGUGUAUGGCAAAGCUUGUAAUUUGUUGGAAAAGAUUAAGAAAUUACGUUAAUACUUGUGGUGAUAUCAUUAUCAGUGUACAACUACUACUACUACUAGUAAUGAAUGAUGGUAAUGACAGCGGCGAUAUUGAUAAUGCUGACUGAUGGACGACGGCAAUGAUGACGAUAAUAAUAGCAAUAUCUCGCAGCAGGUGGAGCUGGCGCGGCGCAUGGCGGAGCGGCAGAUGGCGCUGCAGGUGGCGUCCGUGCGGGAGCUGAUGCUGUGGUUCGUGCCCUUCGCCCUCACCUCGUACGCCUUCCUGUACCGCGGCUACCGCAACACCAACAGCUGGGUCGUGAUGUUCCCGCUCAUCCCCGUCACCUUCGGCUUCGCGUACCAGCUGCACUACGCCUACGGGAACAAGACGGCGCAGAUCAGAGCCUUGGCCGAAAAGAUCAUGGCAAACGAGGCACACAUGAUGGCGGUUCCUGAAUGGCAGUCUACAGACCAGUUUCCCCUAAGCCCUAGCGACCCAUCUCCGCCUCCGGCCCUCCAAGCACACGCAAGCAGUCAGGCAGCUGCAAGCAGUUCCUCUAUAAAGGAGACCACUGAUGCUAAAACAUUUCAUAAUCCCAACACGAGAUCGGUGUAACGUUCUUGUUUUUCUUUCUUCGGAGAAUAAUGUUAAUCCAUGCAGUCUGUCACAUUCCAUAAGCAUUUCCAUAAUUUAUACUGUACUAUGUUUAUAAAUGGAGAGUGAGAGUGAAAGUGAGAGUGAAAGAGUGAGUGAGAGUGAAAGUGAGAGUGAAAGAGUGAGUGAGAGUGAACACGUGUGGACUCCAAUUUUAGUCACGUUUCACAUACGACUUGCACCAAAUGAACAAGUUUUAUUUGAGUGCAUUACCAAGUUACAAUCUAUUUACUACUAAAAUAAAUAAAAAAAUAAUGAAAUCAUUAAAUAA